AUCGCAAAGAGAAUCACUUUUGCUUUCGGUAUUAAAGCAUCGUCGUCGUGAAACGGGGCGCGUGAAAAGUCACUCUUACUGGACAACGAGCAAAGCACCGACCGGAAGAACAUCAACCAGAUCAGUUCGCCGAGGUUAUUUAGCAAUCAUGCUGAGAUACUUGGGGAUAGUGGCUGUUUUUAGCCUCGCGCAAGCUGCUGCCACAGAUAAAUUGCCACCUGGAGUGCAGGUAUGUCCUCGCAACGAAAAUUACAACGAGUGCGUGAAGAAACAAUUGGAAGUGUUGACGCCCUACUUGAAAAAAGGAAUUCCAGCCAUGAAACUACCAGCUCUGGAUCCACUACUCUUACCCUCGCUCACGAUCGACCGAAAUCUUGAAUCGCUGAAAAUCAAAGCUAAUAUGAGCAACAUUCAAGUGUUCGGUGGCUCGAAUUACAUCAUCGACGAAAUCAAAGCCAAUCCAGACGAGCUGACGGUUUCCCUAAAGAUUCAGGUGCCAUCCGUUCACGUCAGGGGCAAUUACGAUGUGCAGGGUAGACUACUUUUGCUGCCGCUUGCUGGUAUUGGUACCUUCAAAGGCAACUUCACCAAUACCAACGUUCGAGUUAACGCCCGAGGAAAAGAAGUUAUCGACAAAAACGGAGUUAAGCGCAUCGAAGUCGAUAAAUUGCAAACGAAAAUUCGCGUCGGCCAUGGAAAUAUCAAGUUGAAGGCACCUCCGGCACAUACGCUGACAGCCGACGCCGCCGCGACUUUCUUCAACUCCAAUCCUAGACUUGUGCUGGACAUAGCGAGUCCGAUUAUCGAGGACACCGCAGCGACGAUCAGCCGAGCUCUCACCGUCAGAGCUUUGAGCGUUUUUACCAAAGACGAGCUUAUACCUUGAAGAAUUUUAUUGUUAAACUUUACUUUUAAUCAACCUUUGUUACUUGUUUGUUUAUAAUUUUUACGCGUCGUAAAUUACACAUUAAAACGAAAAUGACCUACUGGCCAAGGAAAAUUAUAUUUUGAAGAGUACCAAAAAAUUAUUGAUCAUUCACAUUCAGGAGAUUUAAUGUUUGAUAGACUUUUAUGCAUAAUUUCUGUUGAGAAGAUACUG